AUGGCCGAAAGUAGGGCGGAUGUGAAUGUGAUCAAGCUGAGUUCCGCGUUCUUUAGUGCAUUGUCCUCGGUGGAUGGCGGCUACGUGAUCCCACAGCCUUAUUCCACCGGAGUAGAGGUGGAUCGAUCUAUUGAGCACGACCCCUCCUACACAUCCGUGCAGGGUCCGGUGGAUGAAAUGGCGGAUCCAAAGAGGUCUGACAUGUUAGAUUUCACCGGAAUUCGUCGCGAUCCCGUACCAUUCGAUUGCAAUGCCACCGAUGAGGGUAAAGAAGGAGGCCGUGUGCUCUAUUAUCGCAUUGUAUGCUCCGCCGCGGCUCUCGUCGCGCGGUUCCUAGAAACAGUCCUGUUAAGUCCAGCGGCAGCCACGCGUCGUCCACGCGAGUGCGCCCAAGGGGCUGAGGAGGAGGAGGAUGAAAGAAGACGCCUCAUCACGAAGGAUCACAUGCAUAGCGCUAGAACAGGGUGUCAACCUUCGGAGGAUUCGGUGCGUAGGGAAUUACUUUCCCUGUUGGAUGUCGCUACUUUGCAGGACCUACUUGGAGGGUGGUCUUCGAAUGGCUCCAAAGAAGAGGACGCGACCGUAGGUGCGUCGGCGCUGGAUACGGACGUCUACUCCCUAGAGGAACGGCUUGCGCGGGAUGUGGUUCGGUAUCGUGCGGCCUGCGCGGCUGAAACGGUGGAAACGAAUGGCCAUACCAGCGCGAAGAGCCCGCCUACUUCUCCUGAACCCUCGCAAGAUCCACCGUACGAGGGAUCGGUGGCGACGACGCGGGCUGCGGCAGUCUUUGCGGGCCUAUCCCCCUUUUGCCGGGCGGUGUUGGUGUUCUCGGCGUUGUGGUUGGCCACGAAGUUCUGGGCCGCCUCCUUGGCUCGCGUUUCACUGAGCAAUCUGGUGUUUUAUGCCCUGGAGCAGGGCGAGCGCGCGGCGCCGGUGGCCGGGGGAGGCCAUAGUCCUGAUGUGGGCGGCCUCACGCCGGUUCCUUUGCGCGACGAGGUGGUCUUCACGCCGUUGGCGUCGGGUUCUCCCUGGGGGGAUACGGAGCUGCGAGCGGGAGAAGGUGGGUGGGGGGAUCUCGUCCGUUUUGACGGCGGUGGGGUGGAUGCCGUGGGGGAAGUGGUCCACAGCGUCACCGAGGCGGAGAUGAUUCUGCUACGAUGCAGUCAGUACGUCAUACCUUUAACCCUUUAA